AUGGAUACUUACGAUUAUUAUCCAGUUGUUUCCACUACGAAGUCUGCUUCAGCAUCAGGUCGUCAGCGCCACUUUUACGACGAGGUCCAGCUGGAGGUACUCGACGCAGAGUUUAGCAGAGAUCCGUUUCCCAAUCGAGAAGGUCGUCGACGCAUCGCCCAGCUGAUUGGAGUUUCUGAGAAAUCGAUUAUGUGGUGGUUUCAGAAUCGCCGUCGGCGUGUCCGCCAACUUGGAUCUUCAAGAACGGCAACUUCAACUUGCGAAACAAAUCGCCAACAUCGUCGAUCAUCACCUUACCUCUCUCGCCAACGUCAACAUGAUACUUACGUUUCAACUCAAGUCCUUCCACCUCCUGGAUUUUAUUCGGAUCCUCCGGCAGUUCCACCCGUGGAACCAAUCAACUACUCCACGUCCGGAUCAUCAUCGUCGUCUCCACUUCAAUCCGAAUGGCUUGCUACCAGCUGUCCACAACACGUCGUAAGUCCCCAGUCCAACUUCAAUAACUCGAAUGGAUUCCGAACGGAGCAGCAACCACAGCAGCAAGACUAUUCCUCCUACUACUGGAACAACUGGGAUUACUCUCCUCCUUUCUAUCCAACUUCAAUGACAAAUCCAACAUUUUACCCCAACACUGUUUUUGAUCCGCAUUCCUCAUCUUAUUGUUUUUAUUCACCUGAAACAACAAAUCAGUUUCAUGAUCAGUCCUGUUAG